CCGGAACUCCAGGGCUGAGGCCGGACCGGAAGUAGCUUCACAAGCGGCGGCAUUUUGCAGGCUGCAUUUCCGUUAGCGGCGGCGGGAAUCCAGCGGCUGGCUGGCGACUAGGCCUCUGUGGAAGCGAAUCCGGCGGGAAUCUGAGCCAUCCGAACCGCCACCAUGACGGUGGGCAAGAGCAGCAAGAUGCUGCAGCACAUCGACUACAGGAUGAGGUGCAUCCUGCAAGACGGCCGGAUCUUCAUCGGCACCUUCAAAGCUUUUGACAAGCACAUGAAUUUGAUCCUCUGUGACUGUGAUGAGUUCAGGAAGAUCAAGCCAAAGAACUCCAAACAAGCAGAAAGGGAAGAGAAGCGAGUCCUUGGUCUGGUAUUGCUUCGAGGGGAGAACCUGGUCUCUAUGACAGUAGAAGGACCUCCUCCCAAAGAUACUGGCAUUGCCCGAGUGCCACUUGCUGGAGCUGCUGGGGGGCCAGGCAUUGGCAGAGCUGCUGGCAGAGGAAUCCCAGCUGGUGUUCCCAUGCCCCAGGCUCCUGCAGGACUUGCGGGGCCAGUCCGAGGUGUUGGAGGGCCAUCCCAACAGGUGAUGACCCCACAAGGAAGAGGCACUGUUGCAGCUGCUGCAGCUGCAGCCACAGCCAGUAUUGCAGGAGCCCCAACUCAGUACCCACCUGGUCGUGGGGGUCCUCCUCCACCUAUGGGCCGAGGGGCACCUCCUCCAGGUAUGAUGGGCCCACCUCCUGGCAUGAGGCCUCCCAUGGGUCCCCCAAUGGGGAUCCCUCCUGGCCGAGGAACUCCAAUGGGCAUGCCUCCUCCUGGGAUGCGACCUCCUCCUCCAGGGAUGCGAGGUCUGCUUUGAUCUUCACACAGCAUUAUGUCAGUAGCUCCGAGGAGACGUGGACACUGUUCCCCAGGGUCAGGUUACCACAGACCUGUUUGUUUGUUAUGCUGUUAAUGGAAUCUCACUGGAUUGUCUGGUGUCCCUUUCAGGGCUCCCUCCCUGGGAAAUGUGCCCUCCAAGGCCCUAGACUCAUCUUGGUCCUCCUCAGCUCCUUGCCUGUUUCCUAAAAGGCUGUACAUAGUCCUUUUUUUCCCCUGUGGCCUAUGAAGCUGGUUUGUAAUAAACUAAGAGACUGUUAUACAUACA